AUGGCUGACGCACGAUUGACCAACGUUGAAUCAUAUCGUUAUAUCUACGACAGUCGUGGUAAUCCAACUGUUGAAGUCGAUCUUUGGACAAGCAAAGGUCUUUUUCGAGCUGGUGUACCAUCGGGUGCUUCAACUGGUAUCUACGAAGCAUUGGAAUUGCGCGAUGGAGACAAGGGUGUACAUCAUGGAAAAGGUGUCGAGAAAGCCGUGGCUAAUGCCGAAAAGUUGGGUAAAAUGAUAGUGGAAAAAGGAUUUGAUGUAACUCAACAAAAAGAAAUCGAUGAUUUUAUGAUUCAAGAAGAUGGUACCGAUAGUAAAAAGAAAUACGGUGCCAAUGCUAUCCUUGGUAUUUCAAUUGCUGUCUGUAAAGCUGGUGCAGCACACAGUAAUUUACCAUUGUAUCAAUACAUCGCCAAACUCUCAAAUUCAGCGAUUCGUCUACCUGUACCUGCUUUCAAUGUCAUCAAUGGUGGCAGCCAUGCUGGCAAUAAACUUGCCAUGCAAGAAUUCAUGCUACUUCCAACUGGCGCUAAAUCAUUCAAAGAAGCCAUGCGUAUGGGCUCAGAAGUAUAUCAUCAUUUAAAAAGCUUGAUCAAAGCUGAAUACGGCCUUGAUGCGACGAACGUUGGCGAUGAAGGUGGCUUUGCACCAAACAUUGAAAGUGCAGAAAAAGCACUUGAUAUCCUUGUCAAAGCUAUCGAAAAAGCAGGUUAUACUGGUAAAAUCAAGAUUGGCAUGGAUGUUGCUGCUAGUGAAUUUUUCGAUGAACAAGAGAAGAAAUAUGAUUUAAAUAAUAAAGAAAAAGGCAAACCAAACUAUUUAACAAGUGAUGAAAUGGUUGCUUAUUACUUGAGACAAAUUGAGCAAUAUCCAAUCAUAUCGAUUGAAGAUGGUUUCGAACAAGAUGAUUGGACUGGCUUUCAAACACUUCUUACUUCAGUCAAAGGCAAAAGUGUUCAACUUGUCGGUGAUGAUCUCACAGUGACAAACGUCAAACGAAUCCAAACAGCUAUUGAGAAGAAUGCAUGCGAUUGCCUUCUACUCAAAGUUAAUCAGAUUGGUUCGGUUACCGAAGCCAUUUCGGCAUGUACCAUGGCUCGUGGUGCUGGUUGGGGUGUUAUGGUUAGCCAUCGUAGUGGUGAAACUGAAGAUACCUUUAUUGCCGAUCUUGUCGUUGGUUUAGGCACUGGACAGAUCAAAACUGGAGCACCUUGCCGUUCUGAACGCUUGGCAAAAUACAACCAACUAUUACGUAUCGAAGAAGAGCUUGGUAGUAACGCAGCGUACGCUGGCGACAAUGCUUUCAAGAAAAACUAG